AUGGAUUCAGAAAAAUUGGGCAGUAGUUCGGAGAGUUCGAGCGAAGAACAAUCCGAUCGAGUAAACGAAGACGAUUCGGAUUCGUUUGGGGUUAAACGUUCAUAUGGGUGCAUAUUUUGCAAGCGUGGGUUCACCAACGCUCAAGCUCUUGGAGGGCAUAUGAAUAUCCAUAGAAAAGAUCGAGCCAAUAAAGCUAAGCAAGUCGCGUCUUUUUGUGUUCCAAGCAAGCAAAUUGAGCCAUCCACGUUCGUGAAUACGUCUAAUUUUGAGCCACUUUUGGUUGGGUCUAAGGUGAGUUAUGCACCAUCCGGUUCGAACCCAGAUGGGUACUUCCAAGAACUUGGAGACUUGAAUAUGAACCUUUGGGGGGAAGAUUUGAGCCUAAGAAUUGAACCAAGUAAGGGGAGGAGAGGGGUUUGGAGCGGCGAGGGUUUGGAUUUGGAGCUUCGACUUGGCCAUUAUCCCUAA